AAAUACUUAAUGGUAAUGGACGAGGAUUCGUCAUCUAAGAGAGCGAUGGAAGGAGAGAAGAAGGGCCGAUGCUUAGCUUCAAUCGAAGAAGACACCCUUCGAAACGUCCUCUCGAGGCUCCCUGCCUCAUCCUUCGCGUCCGCGGCCUGCGUUAGCCGCUCCUGGAACCGUGUCUGCAAUCAAAUCCUCUCUCGCCCCAAGCUCCUUUCUGCUCUCUCCCUUAACCCCCUUCUCGAGGUUGCUGUAAAAGAGGCUAUCGAUAAGGUCUUGUCAGAGCCGAUUCGACCACAUUUCGCCAUCGCCUGUGUUGGCCGGAAAUUCAGCCUCAAGAAGACCCAUCGGCUUGUUACAGAAAGUUUGAGCUCCCGAAUACCAAUUGUCGUGUCUGAAGCUGGUGGUAUCAUCGGCAGCGAUGCUGUUUCCAACGAAUUUAGAGAGGUUAAAUGGGGGAAAGAUGAUUGGGAUGCAGUGCAUAAUUCACAGCAAAACAUCAAUCUUGGUAUCGUUCUGAUUGUUGGAUUCGUGCCAGGAUUAAAAGUCAGUGCCGUUCCGUUGUUGCGGCCGAUGGACGAGCCUCUUCCAGUCCCCUUAAUUGACAAAUUUGUGACGGACAUCAAAGACUAUGCGUCCUCUGUAUCUGGUUGCACCUCCCCGGAAGCGAUUUUGAUGUUUGCUAGUCAACAUUCUGACAUGAAACCUGUUCUCGAUAAAAUGGACUAUGCCUUCUCUCAAGAAACUGUCAUUGCGGGUGAUGAGUGUGGUUGCUUCUUAUAUAGCAGUGGAACUGAAUUUGAAGUCAUUGGUGGGAGCAAAGAAUACUUUUCAUGCAAGAAUACUGAAGAACAGAUGUACCAAAAUAAAAAAUGCAGUGCUGUUGGUAUAGUCUUUGCUAAGGAUAGAGGCAAUUCUCCUGAUGGUGGGGAAAUUCACUUCCAUCUUGCAUUGUUAACUGGUAUGUCCCCUGUGGGUUCCACAUAUAAGGGGGCUUCAGUUAGAGUAACGAAAGAUAAAGAAUCUACAUGGCUUACCGCGAGAAGAGAAGGGUCCAAGGAGAAGUUUGAUGGUCGAAGAAUUCUAGAUGAUAUUGAUGAUGAGAUCCAAAGUGAUAUUUCAUGUGAUGAUUUCUACAUUGGAGUUACGAGAAGAAGAAAAUGUUUCAUUGGCUCAGAGAAAGCGAGGUUUGUUUCAUCCUUGGCAUUUCAUGAAAUUGAAGGUGCAGAUGAAGAGUACCUUUAUGUCAAAGGUGAUGGAAUCAAAACUGGAGAUUCCUUCUGUUUUUACCAUCCAAAUCCUGAAGCUGCUUUAACAAUACGUGAUAGCGUCUACGAGAAAUUUAGGAAUUUAAAGCAGGAUUGGGGGUCGAAAGGUUGCCAUAUUGUGAGUGGGGCCAUUGCCAGUGGUGAUAAGAAGGAAGUUUGUGGAGGUCUCAUCUUCUCUUGUUAUGGCCGUGGUGAGUCCUUUUUUGGGCGCCAACAUGUUGAUAGCUCAGUAUUUUUGGAGAACUUCCCUGGGGCCCCUUUGGCAGGGAUGUUUUGCUUUGGGGAAAUUGGACGUGGUUCUACCAUCAUGAACAGAGAUGACAUACAAAGUCAAUAUUCUAAAUGUUUUCUGCACGUUUAUAGCUCAGUGUGUUUCAUGCUUUUGCAUACUAGGAAAUCCUUGGGACACUAGAUCCUUCAGAAGCCAAGUAUCUUGGUCCCUGAAACAGCAUUGGUACCAACUGGAGCUGGAGUAAUUGGAAGUCGAUUGUAAGAGUUUGAUACUUGUUUCUACAUGAAUUUAGUAUUAUAGUAUCAGAUGAAUUCUACUAUUGCAAUUUCCA